UUCUCUCUCUUCUCUUCUCCACUGAAGAGAAGGAAAGCUCAGCUCGUAUUAUAAUAUACGAGAUCCGAGGAGGAGCGAAAUCGACAGUGCGGAUAGGCUCUCUCCUUCGGUCGCCUAAGAAUACGGGCGAGGAGAGUCCAAGUUUGGCUGUGGGGCGAGAAGCGGAAGCGGAAAGAUUGCAUCUUGGGUUGGUUUCUCUGUCGAAUAGAUUCUGGUGAUUUUUGUUCGUUUGAGUUAUUGGUCUGAAAUUUUGUGGUUUCUUUUGGCAAGUUGGGGUUCGGGAGAGGAGACUUGGUGAAAAUUGUAAUAGCUUUGGUGGAAAAGACGGACAUGAACUUGGUUCAGUCGGGUUCCGUAGUAGUAGGGUUUUGAGUUGAGGGAAUUGGUUGAGAUCGGACGGAGUUAUAUUUUUAUUUUCUUUUACCUUUUUCUGGUUGGAUUUUCUUAGAGACUUCGGUUAAUGAAUAUAGGUCGGACUUUUGAGGGUUUUGCUGCUGCUUUUGACCGACUUUGAGAGGAGAAGAUAUUUCUUGGUGCUCUAUCCUGUGCCGGCAAUUUCUUCGUUCUCCAAUCGCAUCAGUUGUACUCGAAAGGAUGGAACGAAACUUAUGGAGGAUAUGAAGAAUUGCCUUGCGUGAAAGCAUUCUUGAAAGACUAACUAGAAUUGCCCUUGCCCGUGAUCGUGUUCGACGAAGCCAUGAAAGGAUCAUCGAUGAAGGACACUGACAAGUGCCUGGACUCCCAGCUCUGGCAUGCUUGUGCCGGUGGGAUGGUUCGGAUGCCGGCCAUGAACUCCAGGGUCUACUACUUCCCCCAGGGUCAUGCAGAACAUUCCCAAGGGGUUGUGGACUUUGGGAAUCUGCAGCGGAUUCCACCUUUCAUACUCUGCCAAGUUACCACAGUCAAGUUCAUGGCUGAUCUGGAAACGGACGAGGUCUUUGCCAAGAUCCGGAUGGCCCCCAUCAGGAGUGGCAUCCCGGACUCAAUCGAAGAUGAAGGAUUGGUUCCGGAGAUGAACGAAAUCGAUGUGCAUGAGAAGCCCACUUCUUUUGCCAAGACAUUGACCCAAUCGGAUGCAAACAAUGGUGGUGGAUUUUCUGUUCCUCGCUACUGUGCGGAGACCAUCUUCCCCAGGUUGGACUACACAGCAGACCCUCCUGUGCAGAAUGUAAUCGCAAAGGAUGUACAUGGCAAGGUGUGGAAGUUUAGACAUAUAUACAGGGGGACACCUCGCCGACACCUGCUCACCACCGGAUGGAGUAACUUUGUAAACCAGAAGAAACUUGUGGCUGGGGAUUCCAUCGUGUUCCUUAGAGCAGAGAAUGGGGACCUCUGUGUUGGUAUACGGCGUGCCAAAAGAGGUGGGGUUGGCGAUAGCCCAGCGACGCAAUCAGCAUGGAGUCCCCAGGGCAGAAAUGGUGCGUCCAGCUAUGGUGGCUUAUCUGCCGUCCUGACGGAGGAAGAGAGCAAAUUGAUGAGAGGUAAUGACAGUCAUUCUGUAUUCAGCCGAGGUAUAAGGGGAAGGGGCCAAGUGAGGUCAGACUCUGUCGUUGAGGCAGCAACACAUGCAGCAAAUGGGCAGCCUUUUGAGGUUGUGUACUACCCUAGAGCCAGUACGCCGGAAUUUUGUGUAAAGGCCGCAGCUGUAAAAGCAGCACUGAGGAUCCAGUGGUAUCCAGGGAUGAGAUUUAAGAUGGCUUUUGAAACUGAGGAUUCAUCAAGGAUUAGUUGGUUCAUGGGAACUAUAUCUUCAGUUCAGGUUGCAGAUCCCAUAAGAUGGCCUAAUUCGCCAUGGAGACUUCUUCAGGUGACAUGGGAUGAACCAGACCUCUUACAGAAUGUCAAGCGUGUGAACCCAUGGCUAGUUGAACUGGCUUCAAACAUGCCAGCCAUAAAUCUUGGACAUCUCCCACCACCCAUAAAAAAGCAACGCGUUCUCCAGCAACCUCCAUUUGAAGGUCAAUUUCCAGUACCAAUGGUCUCUGGAACCCCCUCCGUCCCAAGGGGCAGCCCCUAUUGCUGCUUCUCUGACAGCGCUCCUGCAGGCAUACAGGGAGCCAGGCAUGCACAAUUUGAUAUAUCUUUAUCAGAUCUCCACCUUAAUAAACUGCAGACGGGUUUGUUCCAUGCUGGGUUUCACCGGCUUGAUCAUGCCACUCCACCCUCAAGGAUUUCCACGGGUGUUAUUGUUGGCAAUCCCACUAUUCAUGACAAGGUAUCAUGUUUGCUUACAAGCGGUCAUCCUUCUCAGGGCCUGAAUAAAUCAUGUAACAGAAAACUGCCACAGUUGGUGCUAUUUGGCCAGCCAAUACUGACUGAACAACAGAUUUCGUUGUGCAAAUCUGAGACUAUGAUCUUCGAUGAUGUUACUGGAACCAGCUCAUCAGAUGGGAAUCUCGAGAAGGCAACAAAUGUUUCUGAUGGUUCUGGAUUUGCAAUAAAUCAUAAGGGCCCUCUUGAAGCAUUCGCUCAUCGCAGGGAUCAUCGAGCUUUGGAGCUUAUUAUCGAGGCUGAGCACUGUAAGGUAUUUAUGGAAUCAGAGGAUGUUGGUCAUAGCCUUGACCUCUCUGUCUUUGGCUCAUAUGAAGAACUAUACGAGAGGCUUGGUGAUAUGUUUGGAAUUGAAAAAUCAGAGAUGAUAACCCAUAUGUUUUACAAGGAUGCAGCUGGUGCACUUAAACACGCUGGAGAUGAACCUUUCAGUAACUUCAUGAAGACAGCCAGAAGACUGACUAUAUUAACCGAUUCAGGAAACGCAACUCAGCAGGGUAGGGAAAGUCUCUUGCCGAUUGUAUAGUUGAACAGACCUCUUCUCAAAGUACCAACAUCAUAGGCACGCCAUUCUUGGAUGCUGUUUUUUCAAUGAUUCCAAAGCCAUUUUUCUGUAUAAAGUCAGUUCCCAGUAUGAACUUUUCAAUUGGAGACAAAUUAUUAUCAACUUUAGCAAAAUGGUUGGUCGAUUCUCUGACUGAGAGAGUUGAUGACGAGUUCUUAUAGUUUUAGCUGGCCUACGACUUUUUUUUUUUGUUGUGCAGAGAGAUGAAAACAUGAAGUUUUAUACUUGGUUAGUGUAAAUUUAGUCAACUCAAAAUAGUUGGCGUUGAGCUGGAAUGCUAGUUGGCCAUAAUGUUGCUGAAAAGAAUGCAGAUUCUGCAGAUUUCAUUAGCUCAUUAUAAUUAUCCCAGUUCCAUGUCAGUAUCACAUGGAUCAUUUUUUGAGACUUGGAAACACUGAAGACUGGAAUCCAGGUUCUACUGCUGCUCACUGCCCAGGGUGUUACGAAUUCAGAUGAUUGAUGACUAAUUGGCAUAUUUCUCAUUGCAUUAGUUUUUAGCAGCCAUCACCACUGCCUGAAUCAACUGAAGAGAGGCUUGGAAGCUGCAGUAGAAGAUUUUCAAUGCUUAAGAAGCUGCCAUUCAUCCAAGUUGAGUUCAUGCUUCAAUAACCAUCAUAUUUUUUUGUCAAGAAGGUAUGUAGAUCCUUGUCCCACCACACUUGCGUUCUGUGACAGAGAAGUGGAGUAUUAAACACACAAGCAGUAUGUUCCAAAUAUGAACUGUUUCAUUGGUGCAAGUCUCAACAACAGAGUUCUCAACUCCUGGAAAAGUGAGAUUUGUUGAAAGAAAUGUUCCAGCAAACUAUGUAGGAAAGAUAUCUGAUUCAACUAGAUAUGCCCCAUCUCACCUUUGCCUUCUUUGUUUGUGGUCUUCCAUACCCAUCUUUUAUCUUCACUGGCAUAAUUGCUGACUCUGCUAUUGUAUUAGUAUGGUUAUAAGUCACA